ACCACAGCUGACUAAAACUGGACGAAUGCAGCAGGUUAGACAACAAGAAUCAUUCCAGUGUGUUCCUUUCAAAAAAUUGUGUCAGACUUAUCUCCAACAGCCAGGAAUGAUGAAAGCGAUUUUGUCUCAUGAAAAAGAGGGAAGUGAAAGUGUUCUUGAGUCCUACAGAGAUGGAGAAUUUUUCAAGAAGGAAUUUGCUGAGGAAAACGAGAACAUUUUCCCAGUUGUUUUGUAUUGUGAUGAUUUCGAACCAGCAAACCCCCUAGGUUCAAGAAGAGGACAGCAUAAAUUGUGUGCAUUUUAUAUUCAGUUCCUCAAUAUUCCAAGGAAGCUUCAGAGUAGUCUUGACAAUAUCUUGCUUGCUGCCCUGGCAAAAUCUAAACUAGUCAGCAAAUAUGGCAUUGACUCCAUUCUUAAGGUUUUGGUCAAUGACUUGCAAGAAAUGUAUACUGAUGGUAUUCAUGUUAACAGUCCUGGUGAAUAUCAAGGUCUUGUAAAGCCAAAGCUGUUUCAGAUUUGUGGAGACAAUCUUGGUCUCCAUCUUGUCAUGGGCUUCUCUUGUGGGUUCACUGCAAACUAUCCUUGCAGGAGGUGUAAAGCCCCCAGAGGAACAUGCCAGGAGCAAGAGGAAGAACAACGGAAUCUUCUGAGAAAUCGGGAAAACUUUGAAGAAGACAUUGAGACAAAUAACCUUGCAGAGACAGGCGUUUCAAGAAAUGGAAUCCUGAAUGAACUUCCCUACUACCAUGUGACUGAUAACUAUGUCCUUGAUAUCAUGCAUGACUUCCUAGAGGGAAUGGUACCACUCGAAGUUAAGCUAGUUAUCCAGUACCUAAUCGACGAUGGAAAAUUCACAUUGGAGGAACUCAAUAGCAGAAUUACAGCAUUUAGCUAUGGUUUUGUUGACAAGCAGAAUCGGCCAUGUCAGAUAACAGCAGCAACAUUAGCCAAACCUAAAUCCAGUAGCAGACAAACUGCUUCACAGAUGCAGUGUCUGUUUUUGUAUCUACCUCUGUUAAUUGGAGAUAAGGUGGAUAGAGAUGAGGAGUCAGAUGUCUGGGAAUUGUUAUUAAUCCUUCUCGACAUUUAUAAAUUAGUAGUAGCACCUAGCAUCAGUAUAGAAGCAACCUUCAUGCUCAAGGCCAAAAUUGGAGACCAUCACAGUUUAGUUAAGGAGACUUUUCCAGAGCUUCAACUCACUCCAAAGCAGCACCAUUUACUGCACUAUCCUAGAGCAAUUAGAAUGUUGGGCCCACUCUCACCCUUUUCCGCAAUGAGAUUUGAGGGAAAGCACAAGCCUCUCAAAACAUUCGCAAAAAUCUCAGGCAACUACAUCAACAUUGAAAAAACAGUGGCUAAAAAGCAUCAGAUCGGCCAAAGUCACAAUUUUCUACUGAAGGAAGACAUAACAAUCAGGGGCACAGAAGUAUACAGCCAAGAGUUAGUUCCAGUGUCUAGUCUUCAACAUGCGGAAGAUGUAUGUACUGCACUUGGUUGUCCUCUGGACACAGAAAUUGUAGUUGCUGCUGCUGUAGUAGUGAAUGGUUACAGGUUCAGAUCAAGCUCUAUUGUCGUUACCGACUGGUCUGAAGAGCAUCCUGAAUUUGGGGAAGUGCAGCAUGUAGUUCUUAAAGAUUCUGCCAUCAUAUUGGUAAUAAAACCUUGGACAGUGCAGCACUUUGAUCGUCAUUUCCAUGCUUAUGCAGUGAGUGAGACUUCUUAUCAUCCGAUAGUGAAAUCAGUAGGACAGUUGGGGGAUGUUAGACCAGUACAUGCAGUAAGAAGCUACGACGUGACGGAUCCUCAUGUUUACAUUGCUGUUCGUUUCCAGCUUGCAUAGGGUGAUAUGCAAGGAAGAGUGGGUUCUAGUUGCAGAAGAUGGAUGUACUGGACUUGUUGUAGCUGCUGCUGUAGAAGUGUUCAUGAAUGGCUACAGGUUCAGAUCAAGUUCGUUUUAUGUUACCACCUGGAAGCAUCCUGAAUUUGGGGGCAGUAACCGAUACUUCCAAUCAUCUUGUUACAUCUACCAAACCAUGUUCACAAAACAUUCAAGAUGUUGAAAUGCUGGAUAUGACUGCAAGCAGUAGUGAUGAGGAAACAGUGGAUGGAAACGGCAAAGCAAAGCAUGAAAAACAGACAGAAGUGAAACGGAAUCGUCGUAUGUUUGUGAGUAUUGGAGCCAUUGUUGCAGAUUUUUCACUGAUACAAGUGCACAUAGUGGUUCCUAAAAUUGUUAUCAAAUAUCCAUGCUUGAGGACAGUUUUAAGACAAUGGAAAGCGAUUUUUUGCUAUAAAAUUAAGAUUCAAUGUACUAAUCAAAUUUCCAAAAAUCACUUGUCUUCAAAUGGACACAUGAGGGUGCUGUUGUGUGAUGUCAUAAAAUGCACACCACAGAGUCUCACAGCUGCAUUAAAAUUGCACAAAAUCAAGAUCACAAAUUUUGCCAAAAAACAGUGGUCACCUCAGAAUAAGGUACUGACAAGUCUAAACACUCAAUAAUAAGACAUCACCCAAAUAUUAGUGGAGUUGCCAUUUGAAGAAAACAAGAAAAAUCUGUAAUUUUUGUGUGCGUGUGCACAAAUCAACCAUUUGCAGCUCUCUCUU